AUGGAGGGAAGAAGAGGAUCAAGACCUGAGAGAGAGAAAAGGAGAAUCCCACAGAAAGAAGAAGGAGCAGCCAGCAGGAAGGAGCCCUACAAAUGGGCAGCUUUCAAAUAUUUGUCCAUUUUACGUAUCCUUGUGGAACUUCACCCCGGUCGCUGGAGGAAAAGUCCCGCCCCAUCCCACCCCGCCCAUAGGCUUUCCGAGAGCCCGGCCGACUCGGAGGGGCUGGUGGGUCGGUCCCCGCGUGUGGACUGCGCGCUGAGCCCCCUCAGGCGACCGUGGUCUUCGCUCUCCUGUCAAGGGCAUCACUUAGGGGAAGGAACGAACGGCCCUUUCUUGCUUUUUCUCUCUGGGACCAAAGCAGAGCGCUGGAGAGCCAUUCGGAGCACCCACGUUAUUUUUCCUCUUACUAAGAAGCCGGGCGGGGAGAGGGGAGGACGCAGACCCUCGUUCCUCGCGGACAGAGCCCCGCCCGGCGCCGCGGCAGAGCGGCUGCUGGACCCGGGUGGGCCCCGGCGGCUCGGGGCGGGGGAGGCGCGCCCCGCCCAGCGCGGCCGCUGGUGUCAGCGUUGCCGCGCCCGGCGGGUCCCUGCGGCCGCUACGUCCCCGCCCGUCGGCCUUGCUGCGCGGAGGGGGCGGCCAGGUGUCCUGCGGCCGGCGUCCCCGCACCGGGAGCUGGAGGGAGCCGGGGCCGGGCGGGCGCUCCGGGGCUGCCUUCCUCCCCGCGCCCUGCGGGGCUGUCCAACGCCUUCCAGCUCCGGCUCCCGCUGCCUGCACCAUGUCCGCCAGAGAUUCCUAGCUUCCUGAAAAAUUACAUCUUUUGUAUGGCGUAGAAAGGACUAGAAAAAUGUCAGUAUCUCCUUUUUUCUUCCCAUACCUUCUAAUGUUUCUGGUACAAACAACUCCCAAACGUUUUUUGGCAAACAACAAUGAGAAAAUGGCAAAAAUGAGAAUUUUGGAAGUGAGGAUUACCUUUUUGGGUAUUCAUUCACAUUCCAAGCAGCACUUGUUUAUAUUUUUUUUGACUUUGCAGUAAAGCAUCAGUGACGGAAUAUUUUUUCUUUCUCUUCCUUUUGAUAAAUUUGUUAGUUAAGGCAGAUUCUUCAUUAAGGACUUCAGUCUUCAGAAUCCUGAUAGGCAAAUUAUACAACAUCCUACUCAAUUAAGAAAAGGAAUUAUUAAUAGAGAACUCAGGGGAAAAUGCUCUUACACACUUAUUGGCUGUUUUAUAGUAAACACAGUGAUUUCUACUUUUGUAUUAUUCAUUGCAGGAAAAAUGUUCUUUAUGAAUAUUUUGAUGUGAGAUAUUAAAUGAAAUCUAUAAAAUAAGACUUUAUUGCCUGUUAGGACAAUUUCUUUUGAAAAAAUAUUUUUACUAUCUUACUGUUUGACUAGGUCAUAAAAAAGGGAUGGCAUUGAGUGGACACAUAUUUAAUUUGUAAAAUGCUGGGAGAAAGAUAUUUUAUAGGAAAUUGUUGUCAUAUGUAAUAUACUUUUAAAAUUCAGUAGAUUGCUUUUGGAGGUUAUGAACAUUGACAAAUAGAGCUAUGGCAGAAAGGAUAUAUUCUAUCCAUCUUCAGCCCAGUUGAGAAUAUUAUCAACAACCUUUUUACUUUCCUAAGCUGUCCUUUUCAAAUCUAUUUCCUAGUGUUUCUUGGGUUUCGUGUUCUGCUUAAACUAGAUUAUUCUUAUACGAAUACUUGUUAGGGAGAUUAUGGAGAGUGUUUAAAUUUACUUCUGCGAAGAAGGGUUGAUAACGAUUCAGUCAAGUUAACUGUAUCACCAGACUCUCAAAGACCAUGGUGGAGAUAAUUUGACAGGCUUGAUUUUAUUUAGGAAACAAUAUUUGUGGAUAAUGUUACCACCUGAAUAGUAGGAACAGUAUUAUUUUAGUCAUCUCUGUAUGCCUACCACCUACUACAUUCCUUCCACAAAUAUUUAUUAAGCACCUGCUGUUUUAGGAGCAGUAGCUGUAGCAGUGCACAAAACAGAUUUUUUAGAAAAAAAUCCUUGCCAGUGGAAGUUUCUAGGCAGCUUUUAUUUGGAGUUACUUUAUUUUAUUUAUGUAACAAUUAUAUUUAUGAAAUGUAAGUAAGUAAAAUACAUAGCAUAUCAGAUAGUGAUGGAUGCUAUGGAGAAAACAAAGCAGGGAUCGGGGAUGGAGGGUCUGGGAUGGGCGUGAUCAGGGAAGACUUCAUUGAGAAGGUGACAUUUAAACAAAGAGAAGGAGCGGAGAAAGCGAGCUAUGGGAGCAUCUGGGGUGAGAGCAUUCUGGGCAGAGAGAAGAGCAACUGCAAAGGCCCUGAGUUGGGAAUGUGCUUGGAGUGUUUAGGGCACAGCGAGGCCAGUAGGAGGGGCGGGCAGAGAGAUGGUGGGGCGUGGGGGAGCAGUCAUGUGCUAUCUUGUGAACCACCUUGAGGACUUUGGCUUUUACUGAGUGACAUGACAACCACUCAUGGGUGUUAAGCAGAGGAAUCCACUUGGUUAAAUAUUGACCUGAACAGAGUAUCUCCUUAAAGAAAUCAUGGGUACCCCUGAUCUGUGACUUUGGGCUUGUUUAUUUAUACAGUAUUUGGUGAUCUCUGGGUUUUGUGGUGUGUAUGUGUGUUGUUUUAAUUUGUGAAUAACUACAUGAAUAAAACUUAGCUUUGUUGGAUUUGUAGCUAGCAAACAAAGACUGUGUCCUGUACCACAGAUCACUAAUAUUGUUGGAACAAGAAAGAGGCAAAUGUAGCCAAUGGCUAAUGGGCAGUUAUUGACUAACAUCAGGCUUAGAGCACUUGAUGUAGUCCAGAAGAAUAAAUACUAGAGGAAGGCAAACCCCUUCCUUUUCUGGCCUCAGAAAGGAAAAGCUGUGAAGUGAGAUAACCACCCUGUGAAGUGUGUGACUAAGUUUAGAAAGCAAGGUGUCUGACCAUAAAUCAUUAUGUUUUCAGUAUACUCAUGAAUUUUGGAAUGGUAUAUCGAUUAAAUGAUUAGGCAGUCUUAAUUCUAGCACGUUAUUUCAGCUAGAGAUAAAUCCCCCGGGAUAGAGAUUAUGUGCGGGUAUGUCUGCUGUCAAAAAUCUCAACCGCUGGCUGGGCGAGAUGGCUCAUGGCUAUAAUCCCAGCACUUUGGGAGGCCAAGGCAGAAGGAUCGCUUGAAGCCAGGAGUUCGAGGCCAGCCUGGGCAACAUAGCAACAUAGUGAGACCCUCGUCUCUACCAAAAAAAAAUUUAAAAAUAAAAUUAGCUGGGUGUGGUGGUGAAUGUCUGUAGUCCUAGCUACUAAGGAGGCUGAGGCAGGACGGUUGCUAGAGCCCAGGUGUUUGAGGCUGCAUUGAGCUAUGAUCAUGUCACUGCACUCCAGUCUGGGUGACAAAGAAAGACCUCAUCACUAAAAAAAAAAAAAAAAAAAAUUCUGUUGCUGUCCUUGCAUGGUGUUUUGUGUUAUGCUCCAGGAUGUUUUAAUUUUUUUUUUUGAAAGCAGGCAAAAUGGAGGGAAGAAAUGAACUUAUUGGAUAUGCACACACAUCAAACAGAGCAGACAGACAGGCACACACGGCAGAUAUGCCUUCUGAAGACUCGGGGCUAUAUUAAAACAGGCACAGAUAACAUUUUCAUUGUUGUCUUUGUGUCUGCUCUGUGUGUCUGACAGUAGAAGCAUACUUGCAGAAUUGAACUGCUGUCUUCCUUCUGGGUCACUUUUGUAUAGAUUGCAUAUUAUAAGCUGGCCAACCACAGAUGGUAUCUAAUUUCAUGUCUGUUUACCAUUAUGUAUGCUUUUUAAGAACUCAAAAAUAUUAGAGAUAAAUUUAGUCAGCCUACUUCUCCAAACUUAGUUCAUGAGUCCUAUUAAAAUGAGAAUUAUUCUUUUUCCUGAAGACAGCAAGGCAAAAAAAAAAAAAAAAAAAGAAAAUUAUUCAAACACAGGGGUUCUUAUGGUUUGUGAUUUUUUCCCCAUCUAUUUGGUGGUUCAGUGAUUCAGAUGUUAUCAUGCUAUUGUUUUCAAUGACUUUAUUUUAUUUUAUUUUGAGAUGGAGUCUUGCUCUAUCAUCCAGGCGGGAGUGCAAUGACCCCAUCUUUGCUCACUGCAACCUCUGCUUCCCAAGUUCAAGCGAUUCUCCUGCCUCAGCCUCCCGAGUAGCUGGGAUUACAGGCACAUGCCACCACGCCCAGCUAAUUUUUGUAUUUUUAAUAGAGACAGGGUUUCACCAUAUUGGCUAGGCUGGUCUGGAACUCCUGACCUCAAGUGAUCCACCCGCCUUGGCCUCCCAAAGUGCCGGGAUUACAGGUGUGAACCAUCAUGCCCAGACUUCAGUGGCUUUUAAAUAAUUAAUUUCAGGUAAUGCUCUUUGUAGAUUUUGAGGACAUAUAAAGAAAGCAAUUAGAAUUGUGAACUGGAUCAUUUGCAUACAUGCACAACUGUUAUCAAUAUCACCUCUCUCUCCCCUUUCUAGUCUAUUCUGUGUAUAACUAUCAAAUCCAUUUUCGAUAGCUUGGCCUUGAACAUGUGACUCCCCUAUAUAAAAAAGCUCCUACAACUCCCCAUUGCCUCUGGAAUUAGCUGCAGAUUCUUCUACUCUGGCAUUCAGGGCUUUUUUGUGAUGUGUUCCAGGAGGGAAGAGAUGAACUCUUUGGGCACAUAUACUCAUAGAGCAGAGCGGAGAGACAGGCACACACAGCAGACACGACUUUCCUACAGCUUGGCCGUGACUGCCUGGCUUCCCCAUGCAGAAAGCUUCCAUGCCCCCAUGGUCUGUGGAGCUGCCUCCAGAUUCCUCAACCUCAGCAUUUGGGGAUCUUCAUGGCCUGGAUGACCCACUUCACUUUUCUGUCUUUGGAACCUUUGCUUAAGUCAAGCUAGACUGUUCAUCUUUCCCAAACUGUGGUUUUGAUUCUGUUUCCACCUGGAAUGCCCUUUUCUUCACCAAUUUGUGGAAAACAUGGUGUCUGUUUUUUAAGGAUCGUUUUAUAUGCUAUGAAGACUUUUCCUUCUACACAUCAAAGAAAACAAUUAGCAGAGUGAAGAAACAAUCUAUGGUUUGGGAGGAAAUAUUUGCAAGUCAUACAAAGGGUUUAAUAUCCACAAUAAGAUUUUAUUAAUACCCUUAAUGAGAGUUUAAUAUCUAAAAUAUAUAAGGACCUCAAAUAACUAUAAGCAGAAAAGAAAUAAUCCAAUUAAGAAAUGGGUAAAGGAUAUGAAUAGACAUUGCUCAAAAGAAGACAUACAAAUGACUAACAGAUGCAAAAUGCCCAACAUCACUACUCAUUAGGGAGAUGCAGAUUAAAACCACAAUAAAAUAUCACCUCACACCUGUUAGAAUAGCUGUUAUCAAAAAGACAGAAGAUGAGCAUUGGCGAGGAUGUGGAGAAAACCCUGUCUCGUAUGCUGUUGGUGGGAAUGUAAAUUAGUACAACCAUUAUAGAAAACAGUAUGGAGGUUCCUCGAGAAACUAAAAAUAAAAUUACCAUAUGAACCAAAAAGAUUUGAAAUCGCUAUGUCAAAGAAAUAGCCUCACUCCCGUGAUCAUUGCUGCACUAUUCACAAUAGCCAAGUUAUGGAAUCAACCUAAGUGUUCAUCAAGGGAUGGAUGAAUAAAGACAUGUGGUAUACGUACACAAUAGAAUACUAUUCACUCUUAAAAAAGGAAGACAUUCUGUCAUAUGCAACAAUAUGGAUGGAAUUGGAGACCACAAUGCUAAGUGAAAUAAGCCAAACACUGAAAGGCAAAUACCACACGUUCCUGCUUAUAUGUGGAAUCUAAAAUAAUCCAACUCAUAGAAGCAGAGAGUAGAAUGGUGGUUACUGAGGCUGGGGUAGGGUAAGAGGAAUGGGGAGAUGAUAGUCGUCAAAGGGUACAAAGCCUCAGUUGGAUUUUUUUUUUUAGAUCAGUGGCACAGCAUGUGAAUAUAGCUAAUAAUUGAGUUCUGUACAUUUCAAUAUUGCCAAGACAGUACAUUUCUAAUGUUCUUAUCAAGUUAAAUAUUGAGAUGAUAGAUAUGUUAAUAGCUUAAUUUAAUCUUUCCACACUGUAUUCAAAUUUGUAACACCACAUAGCACCCAAUAAACAUAUACAAACAUGAUUUGUCUACAUCUAGAAGACCUUUCUGUUAUUUUGAGAGACCUCCUCUGCUGUUUUGGAGCCUCUAAUAUUCAGUAAUAAUCUUCCUUGCAUUAUAGAGAUUGACGUCCUGUUUUCAUGUUAUUUCUGGUGCUUAGGAAUUUUUUUUUUUUUUAGACACAGUCUUGCUCAUGUUCCCCAGGCUGGAGUGCAAUGGUGCAAUCUCAGCUCACUGCAACCUCCACCUCCUGGGUUGAAGCAAUUCUCCUGCCUCAGCCUCCCAAGUAGCUGGGCUUGCAGGCGUAAGCCACCACCACAGGGUUUCACCAUGUUGGCCAGGCUGGUCUUAAACUCUUGACCUCAGGUGAUCUGCCCUCCUUGGCCUCUCAAAGUCCUGGGAUUAACGGCGUGAGCCACUGUGCCCAGCCAAUUAGGAAAUAUUAUAUAUAAUAAUACAUAUAUAUAUAUAUAUAUAUAUGUUAGAGACAGAGUCUUGC